GCUGCCAAACAGUCGUCUGCUCUUCUGCUGGAAAAUGGGCCCAAAAUUGCUCCCAAAAGAUUCUCCUGUUGUGAAGCCUAUCAAUAAUAGUUGGAAAACAGAAAAGCAGAUAGAAAAAGAAAGAAAAAAAAAGAGCAACUUUAGACAGGAAAAAUCUACAGAAAAGACUUAAAAGAGCUCAACAACCUGGAGCUGGCUUGCGAGGCAGGGCUUUUAGUCUACUAAACAGAAAUGAUGGUGUCUUAAGUAUAAAAAAUUUGAAUCCUGAAAAUGAAAAAGUAGCCAGAAAACCUAGGCAAAAGUCUUUUACUUCUGUUGAAGAGACCAGCAACCAGAGUAACAUUUGCGAUAUUGAAACGCAAGACAACAUUGAUCUUGAUAUUAGCUCAAGAAUUGCAGAUGAAAGAGAGGCACUCAGAACUUUUCGGAAAGAUGUGCUACAGGAGAGACUGAAAAAUGCUUGCGAGGAAUACUUAAUUGCUAAGCAGCUUCUGCUAAGUCAGGCAGAAGAGGAAAAGAAAAAAAAACAAUGAAAAGUGGUUGGAACGCCAGAAGAAUGUUGAUGAUGUAUGGGAUGCAAACAGGGAAGACAUGAUGCAAGCAAUUAUUGUGCAUGCAACUCCAGCUGUAACACCCCGCUGUAAGCAGUGUCACAUGGAAACCACCAUUUGUGUGCGUUGUGCAUCAUGUAAAGAGGUGUUAUGCUUUGAGUGUGAUUUUAGUUAUCACAGAACAAGGCCCUUCCAUACGCGUCAAUGUAUGCAGCUGGACUCAUCUUUUCCAUUAAAACCAACCCAGUUCCUUGAUCCCAGUGGAAAUAUUUUUGACAAAUAUGUUCAUGUGCCAUUGUUUCUACCAACUGAAUGCUCCAAUUGUAGAGCAGAAGGGAGCCUGAAAUGCCAGGCCGGUUCAAAAUCGAUUGCUGUUAUCACUCGUGAUGGUCGCUUUGAUCUCUCAAACACUUCUUUUUGCUGCUCGAAAUGCCUUUGCAUAGCAGAAGCAAGUGUUGAAGUAUAUCUUCAGUCUGGAUUUUGGCCUGGAUGUCCGACGUCCUUAACGUAUUUGUUCUCCACAGAUGUACUGGAACAUUGGACUCAUCUCAAGCAUCAGCUGCCGGGGUCCUCAGAACGUAAAUAUCUAACAAUUUUAGAGGAAUUAUCAAAAACAAGAGGCAGAUUCGAUGUCAUCAGCCGGGUUCAUUUUGCUCGAGCUUCGAGAGAGUACGAAUAUAUGCAACAUCAAAUUAACACGAAAAUUUUGUCCCGGCAAGUUAUGGUUUGUAAAGCAUGCGGUGUGAAACCCAAAGCUUUGCACGUUGAUGGAAAUUUUAAGCUUUAUCGAUGGCGUUUAUCUCACAUCAAGGAAAAGGCAAAGAUACUUGUGGAGAUUCCGCAUAUACCGCUGGCCGUAUAUUAUACAUCGGAAUCUCAUAUAAUACGGAAUGCUGAUACAUCGGAAUUUCCUGAUCAAUGCACUACUAUCACUGAUGCUGUCUCAACUGAUUCUCCAACAAAUUUUGCUCAUCCCAUAGGGAAAACUCGAAGAACCAAAGCCCAUUUAAAAGGUGUUCCCGAAAAGCGAGCACGUUCGGAGGGGAAACAGCAUGCUUCAUCACGAGUUAAAAAUUCAGUGAUUGAUUUGGAUUACCACAAGUCUAUAACUGGAGAUGUCCUUACCCGAUCUUUAAUAACCGAUUGUGCUGCUGGGCAGUUGAAGAUAGGAAGCAGGAACAGCUGUGAAAAUUUCAGCAGUGCAACUCCAAGCCGCACUCCUCCUUUUCCUCCUACUCCUACUCCAAGUCCUACUCCUUCUUUUCCUCCGACUCCAAGUCCUUCUCCAAUUCAUCCAGUGCCUUUACCUCUUCAAAUAAGCAAUGCUAUAAAAGUAAACAACAAGGAUCUGGUCAAAACUCCCGAAGAAAUGUUUUUUAGAGGACCACAAGGAAAACUCCUUAAGGUUGUUCGCUGUACCCAAACAUAUUUCAAUUCUAAACUCAAUUUUGAACCAGGAAAGUACCAUCCUUUUUCAUAUAUAUUGUCUUUCUUAAAAGAAAGAAUUCUGAACCAAGAAAGUGCUAUCCUUGUUCAUAUUGUAAAGAGCGAUUCAUCAUUGUCUCCCAUGCCACUAUCAGUGUCUCCAUAGCAUUUGUUACAUUCAUUGGUUCUUCGAAUGCAAGACACUUUUGAAUAAACUAUGAGUCAGAAAAUG